AUGACAUCUAAGAUAAGAUUUGAUCUCAUCGCAGGCACUGGCAUGAAGUUAAGCCAGCAGCUGGGAUGCAUUGCUGUCCAGGCCCGACAUGGCCGAGAUCGCUGCCGUAUAGAACUCUUCGCACCUCGGACCCCGUUUGAAGCCAGUGACUCGGACUCGUUCUUCCAAAUCGCCACCGACAUCGCCCGCCUGGACCGCGAAGCACCUCGAAACCGUCAAAGAUGCAAUUCGACCCCGCGAGAAAAUACUCAGCAGUAUAAAGUUCAACGCCAGCAUGAUAUUCGGGAAGCUUCAAGCGAAAUUGCACCGCGAGAUGCGUGUCCUGAUACAGCAAAGGACGACCUCGCUCACAUCCGACAUUUGAUCAAAACCAGUUACGAGGCCAAGUUCUCCGAUCAAGAACUGGGCAUUCCACAUGAUAUUAUUGACGAUCAACUUAAACUACUCAACGGCCUGUCAAGGGUCAUUCAAGACGCUGACGAACCUGUUGUCGAGUCCUGCAACAAGAAGGAAGAGGAGGAGAGCAAGAUGGGAAAAAUAAUCAAUCGAAUGAAUACGAUUGCGAAUGGGAUCAAGUGGUCACAGGAGAUGAUGUCUAACGUCGAAGCAGAGCUGGUCGAUAUUUCUCUCUUGGUCGAUUUCGCCAGGAUUGGGGGGCGAGGUGUGAAGGCAUUGGAAAACAAACAUCCAGGCCUCCUCAAGGACUUGAGGGACAUGGCAAGAGAGCUUGAGAACCAUUCGUUCCCAUCGCAACCAGCGGGACCAGCUAGUAUGGGAAAGGGGACAUGA